CGGCUCACUGGCAGCGGGGAGGAGGCUCCGCUCAUCCCGAUCAUCAUCAUGACCAUCAGAGCCGUGCUAACGGUGACACGGGAAACCGGAGCGAACAGGAUCUGAUGCAGCUGUGCUGCCGGGUCGUCCGGGAUCAAACCUGCGGCACUCUGAGGAUCAUGGACCCUGUGAUCCCGCCGGGCCCUGGCUCCCGGACCAGGAGCAGGAUGGAGGUCAGAACGUCAGCGAGCAGACGCACACUCGCUGUGAUCCUGCUGUCUGCUGGCAUGUUGGUUUCCAUGGUGACAUCGAGCUCACCUGCUGCAGGUGUGUUGGACUUUAACCGGACUACAGAGUCACAGCCACGUCCCUCGUCACCAUCACUAUCCUCCCCCUCUUCUUCUUUUUUCUCCCCCUCUCCCCCACGACCCCUGGCCCCUAGUCCACCCUCAGACUCUGAUUACCAUGGUACCAGCCAUGGGGCAGGCUCAGCAGAGGACUCGGACUCUGGCGCUCAGGGGAUCCACCUCCUGCUGAGGCCCCCAGACCUGCUGUCCCCCAGCCUCCCCCCACCCCUUCCGCCACACUCCCAGCCAACCCUUACUCCCCCUCCACCUUGGGAGCAGGGCCCCUCCUUGGAGGAAGCCUGGGGCUCUGGAGACUACCUGGAGACUCUGUCGUUCAUGGUGCCUGAUGGGGAAGAGCUGGCCCUGGCCACGCCGUUGCCCAGCCACCCCUAUGAUGAGGAUGACGGGGGAGACUGGGUCUCCUAUGACAACACCUUCCCCGCCCGUCCCACCCUCCCCCUCUCUUCCCCCUUUCCCCUCUCACCUUCCUCCUCCACCCCCAGUAUCCACUUGCACACUCGCCCCACCCAUCCUGAUGUCUUCCCCACCUGGGAUGAGGACUACGACCUGGAGGACAUGAUGCCUCUGGAGCCGACAGAACUGCUGCUGCCCGACAUGAACAGUCUGGAGUACUACACUAACCUGCUCGCCCGGGAGCGGGAAAGAGAGAGGGAGAGGGAGAGAGAGAGGGAGAGAGACCGGAUCAACAGGACUGACACUAAACCUCCCAUCACUCCAACAACAACCAAACCCCCCAGUACUCUUCCAUCUCCUUCCCCAAGCUCCGGAGCUCCUCAUGAACGAGAGCCCAAGCGACCUCCAAUAGGUCCUACCCCGCCUCUCACCCUGUCACCUACAGUCACAAGUGAGGAGAAGCCACGCCCACCAUCAACCACCUUAAAAACCCCUACUCCUGUUCCAAAACCCAAAGACCCCGGCAGACAUCCCCUUCGUCCCCCUUCAAACACAACCAGCAGGGUGCCUCCCCCUCCCCCACUUGGGCCUCCCACUCGCCCUGACAGACCAGAGAGACCCCCUGUGGUUGUAGAAAAGCCAGAGGUGACUCCACCUACCCGGACCACUACCACCACCACUAAGGCGACCACAACCACCACACAGAUCACCGCCAUCAGCCUGACCAGAGCACCUCCAGUCACAACACCUAAAGUAGCCCAGACUCCUCCAACAAGACAGUACCUGUGUAAUAUCACCAAGCCGGAGAUGUACCUGGUCAGAGUAGUCAGUUCCAGAGGUUCACCUGCAGGUUUCAGUCAGGUCAGAGACCUCCUGAAGAGAGAGUUCAACCGCUCAGUGGAGCUACAGUUUCUGAGAACUCCAUCUAGUUUUGCCUUUCGAGUCGUAUCGGGGCCGCUGAUCUUCACCGCCAUAUCCGUCAUCAACGCCCUCCGCUCAGUGCCACGCAGCGCCGGUCCAGUUCCCACCGUGUCCCCGCUCUACGUCGUCCCUGACCUCAGGUACCAAGUCCACUCUGUGCUACAGUUUGUCCCUGCCCACGUCGACAUCAGAGUCUGCAACUUCAGCGAGCGGGUGGAGAGGGGGCUGAUGAUGGCGUACGCAGAGUCACGGAGACGGACGCAUGAGACAGGAAACGUGAGCGUUCAGCUGUUAAACGUCACCAUGACCGUUUCACGGCCUGCACCCGAGAAGAAGGUUCCUGUUGACAUCACCUUUGCCGUCCGUGAUGGGCGGGACUUCCUGCCAGGGUCAGAAGUCAGCGAACACCUGAGGAAGCUGAAUCUGGUGGAGUUCAGCUUUUACGUCGGAUUUCCAGCUCUUCAAAUUGCAGAACCCUUUCACUACCCUGAGCUUAACACGUCUCACCACCUGCGCUCCACCUGGGUCCGUACAGUGCUGUUGGGGGUUCAGGAGCAGCUGGUGGCUGAGAGGAGCUUCAAAGCUCGUCUGGAGAGACGUCUGGCUCUGCUGCUGGAGGAGGGACUACAGGGAGGCAGCAGGAGGCGCUGGAGGAGAGCUACAGCUGUGGGCAACAACAGUCUGCAGGUGGUCCGGGUGUCUAGAUUAUCUGGUCCAGAGCGCCCCCUGGAGGUGUUUUACUUCGUGGAGGGUCCGGGUGGGGAGCGUGUACCUGCAGAGGUGACAGCAGCCACCCUAAACAGAGUGGACCUUCAGAGAGCCGCCAUUGUGCUUGGACAUCGAGUCCAGAGACCACUGGCCCAACCGGUGGAGACCCUGUCCGUCCCACCUGCUGAGACUCAAAGCAGCAGUAUCUGGCUGAUUGUCGGCGUGGUCGUUCCCGUGCUGCUGGCAGUCUUCAUCAUCAUCAUCUUGUACUGGAAGCUGUGCGGCUCAGAGAAGCUGGAGUUCCAGCCAGAUGCCAUAAACACGAUACAGCAGAGACAGAAGCUUCAGGCACCCAGUGUCAAAGGUUUCGACUUCGCCAAGCUCCACCUUGGUCAGCACAGCAAAGACGACAUCAUGGUGAUCCAGGAGCCGGGCCCCCUGCCAGCCCCGGUCAAAGAGGCGACGCCCUCUGAUGGUGGAGACCUCAACACCCCCAAAUCUAAAGGUUCCUCCACAAAGGCUGCAAGGUCUGGUCGCCGCCGGGGAAGGCUCAGCCCAUCUGAUGGCGAUUCGUUGGGAAGCGAUCAAUCAAGCGGCAGGGAAUCAGCAGAGGAAAGCACCAGACCUGUGGCAACGCCUAGUGAGGGGAAACAGCACAGAAAGACGCCAAAAAAUGGGAGGAGCAAGAUGGGUGGUGGUCCAGAUGAGCUCCUCUCCUCGUCCUCCAUCUUUGACCACGUGGACAGGCUAUCCCGCGGCUCAUCUGACGGCACGCGCCGCCAGGCCAACAAGGUACAGCUGAUCGCCAUGCAGCCCCGACCAAGCCCACCACACACUGCAUCACAGCCCAGCCCCACCCUCACCGAGAAGGUCAACACAGAGGUGGCACUGAGACACAAGUCAGAGAUCGAGCAUCACAGGAACAAACUGCGGCAGCGAGCGAAGAGGCGGGGCCAGUGUGAGUUUCCCUCCAUGGAUGACAUCAUGGAUGCAUUUGGAGAUGGACCAGUACAGAGCGAGGUGGCACAGCGUCUCUAUAGCUCUGCCCAUGACCACAUGGACUGCAUCCUACAGGCUGACGCCCCAUCUCCCCCCACCCCUACUGACUCUAGGAAGAGAGGGGGAAGGCGCUCUCCUCGGGGUCGGAGGGCUCAGCCUGGACCUGGAAGUCUUCCUGAUACAGACAGAGACCGGCUGCUCAUGGAUCAGAGCGCCACUUACAGGAAAUACCCAGGACUGAACAAUGUGGCCUACAUGUCGGACCCAGACCUUCCCCCAGAUCACGGCAGCCCUUCCCCAACAGACGAGGUGUUUGACUCCGCUCCAGCUCCACCCCCCUACAUGCCACCCCAGCCCUCCAUCGAAGAGGCUCGGCAGCAGAUGCACUCCCUCCUGGAUGACGCCUUCGCCCUGGUGUCGCCGUCCUCGCAGGGCAGCGCCGGGGUGAGCGGGGUAAGCCCUGCCCUGCCCUGCCCCUCCCCCCAGUCCCGCCCUCCAGGCAGGCAGUGGGGCUCUUACCCAGCAGCCCCCUCCCACAGCCCCUUUUCUGCAAGGUAUGCAGAGCUCGGGAUGUCUCCAACGUCAGUCCAGGGUCUGCUGCACAGGCAGGGCCUAAGUUCAGGAGGGUACGUUUCUACCGGAGACCAGCUGCAGGAGUCUGUUUACUCCAGCAGGGGGCAGUACGAGGACCCUCCUUCAUCAUCCAGACCGCGCCCUGUAGGGGGCAGCACAGGUGCACAGCUCCACCAUCUGACCCAGGUGGGUCUGUCAAGUCAGAUUGGGGCAUACCCUGGAGUGGGACGCAGCAUGUCGGGUCCCACUGGUUCAAGCUGGAACCAGCAGCACUCGGACCAGGACCUAUCCAGACCAGGAGCCAGCAGAGAGAGUGUGUUGUCAUUCCCCGAGUUCUCCUCGUCCUCCGUUUUUCAAAUGCCCAGCUCCUCGUUACGGGACCCUUCGGCUCCACCCCUCCUCCUGACCUCACCUACCCCAGAGUACCCACCUGAGGACGCCUCCCCCUCAGCCCACACCUCAGCCUCCCUGAUAAAGGCGAUCAGGGAAGAGCUCCGACGACUGGCCCAGAAACAGGCUGCAGUGACCAGCUACCCUUAGACUGGUCUGGAUUCUUGUGGAUCAGGACUCAACAGGUUCCAUCAGUUUGUGUUUUGGACCACUCUGAGCCUGUAAGGACCGGAUCAAAUCCAUGAAACUGAUCCACAUGCUGAACCAUGGAGCUAAUCUACGUCUGUGCCGUUAAACUCUAAGUAACUCUGGACCACGAUCCACGUCUGAAAGAGGAUAGUGUCUUUGGACUGAAAGACCUCCGGUUCUGUACAGGGUCCCGUCUGUCUGUCUGUCUGUCCAUCAUCCUUCAGCUCUGUGUUCAUUGGUCAGUUCUGACUCUUCAUGUGUCCAUUCAGGUGCUUCCUAAACAGGGUCAUUCACUGAUAAUCCAUCCACAACUUCAGGAGCAACAUUUGUAUUCUGAAAGUUCAAAGGGUCCUUUCUGUUCAGUGAAUCUUCAUCA